AGUCGUACACACACACUCCCACACACAUACACACCGAGAGAGAGAGCGAACGCCCAAGGGGCAGCCUUGUCGAAUGAAGUCCUUUCGUGCUCCGGCCAAGGCGCACGCGCGUUCCCCCCUGCCGUACGGCACAGUGGCCCACGCGCACCGCCAAGACGUCUCUUUGCUGUCGCGUAUGGCGCGCAAUGUGGGCGAUGCCGUGGCAAAGCUAAAUCUACUGCGACAACGACGGUACCGUGGCGCAGCCGCACCUCCGCUCCACCACGCCGACGGCAGUAGCAGCGAAGAAGCGGCAGUGACGUCUGCGAGCUCCUCGGCCGGGAGUGCCGCCGCCCUGCAGCCAGGCGACAUCCUGCGCGACGCUCCGUUUUUCACCGCUGCGUCAGAGGUCGCCUACUUCUCCACGCACCCCUCUCUGUGCGCGGAGGUCUUUGGCUUUGUACCCGGCGAGGUACUCGAGGUCGUGCGGGAAGGCGGCGGGGUCGUUGCAAGCCAGCUGCUCGUGGUGCUCGGCGCGCGCGGAGGAAAGCUAUACGUUCUCCGCCACGGCGAGUCGUCAGCGCGUACGCUUUGUACCCUCGCUGCGUCGUCGCCAUCUACGCCGGCGCUGCUGUCCGCGAGCGGUAUGCGCGGCGCGAUGCUGCGCCUCCACAACGCACACCUUCUCCAUCACCCCCACCGCUCGCUGACGCCCGCAGAGGAGGAGGCGGUGGUGGCAGCAGCAGCGACGCGCAACGUGGGCGGGAAUCCGUUCCGUCUGGAGGCGAAUGACGAGCAAACACCGGAGUUUUCGAAGGAGCAGCGGGCAAACUUGACGGAGCGCGUUGCGCAGCUGCGUUCGGAGUUGGACGCGUUGUCGUCCCGCGCGCGAGAGGAGGCGCAGCGCGUCUACACCGCUGAGCAGCGCGCGUUUCUGCAGCGGGCGCCGGACCUCUACGUGGCGGCGCUGCCCUCCAGCACGGACACGGCGACGUCCACGCAGUCCGUCGCGGCAACGUCUGUGUACGCGGCGGUGGCCCGCGGCGAUGCAGCGGCGCGCGCCGUUGUGCUGCUGACACCCCGCAUCAUUGCCGCGACGGAAACCGUUGGUUGGACGGGGGAGGGCGACGUCAGACUACACCCGAGUCACACGGAACGCGGCGACGUGGAAGGCUCGCUGACUGCUUCCGUCGUACUUUAA